AUGCAUUCCCUGAGCCUCAAAGUCUGCACUGAUUACUGCUCGGGGACGAGGACGUGUUUGCCGGGCCGGGGGAGCUUCGGUGCUGCGAAUUCGGAGCUCCGGAACUUGAGAUUCGGGCCGGGGUUUAGAGAUUUCGGGAAAUCGGGUCGGGUCGUGGCGUGUGUUCCGGAGAGGAAUGGAAAUAGCCGGAGCGGAAGUCCGAGUUCGAGUUCGAGCCCGAGUUCGGGUGCGGGUCAGAAAUCUAGUUCGUUUCUUUCUCGGAGUCAAAGCUGGGCUUUGUUGAAGCAGCAAAUGGAGGUUGCUGCAAAUACGGAGGAUUAUGAAGAGGCUGCGAGGAUACGCGACUCGUUGAAGUUGUUAGAAGAAGAAGAGCCGAUUUUGUGGCUCCGAAGAAAGAUAAAGGAGGCAAUCGCUGAAGAGAGGUUUGAGGAUGCAGCUAAGUAUCGAGAUGAGCUAAAGGAAAUUGCCCCUUACUCUUUCUUGAAAUGUUCAAGUGAUGCAACCACCUUGGGCAUUCGGGUUCAAGUUAGAAGUGUGUAUAUAGAGGGACGAAGUCAGCCUUCAAAGGGGCAACACUUCUUUGCAUAUAGAAUACGAAUUAGCAAUAACUCAGAUCGCCCUGUUCAACUUCUUAGAAGACAUUGGAUUAUCACUGAUGCCAACGGAAAAUCCGAGAAUGUAUGGGGGAUUGGGGUUAUCGGUGAACAGCCUGUUAUUCUUCCUCAAGCUAGUUUUGAAUACUCAUCUGCCUGCCCAUUAAGCACUCCCACCGGAAGAAUGAUUAUAUGUCAUAUCCUAAGGAAUGAUGCUUAA